UAGGACACCGUGAUCUUGUUGGCGUUCUCUUCGUCGCUGUCGCUGCACGAGACGUUGCCACGCUCCACUUUCUUCGACUGGUCAGGGAAGAGGCAGCAGGGCAUUAGAUCAAGUGCUCCAGACGGGUUUCCUGAUGGCUCAGCCCUUUACCUUCUGGAUCAUGGGAUUGACCCGCGUGUCUCUCUUCUCUUUCCUGACCACAGAGCUCUGGUCGUCUGACCCGCUGCUGCCAUCUGGGGAAGAUUUGGGGGUUUGAUUACCUCGUCAGGCAUCAACCGGAAGUACUAGAAGCCUGACCGCGUCACGUACUCCAGCAUCCUCAGCAUCAUCGCUGGUCCGCGGCGAAGGACAGCGGCUGCUGGUCGGAUUCCGAGCCCUCGCAGGGUGGAUCCUGGCCGCGGGGCCGCCGCAUGGAGCCUGGCUGCGUGCAGACAGCGAUGGCGAUGGGUCUGACACCGAAGAAGGCGUCGGUGCGCAGCGUCGGCGUGGAGAGGAAGAACCUGAUCACGGUGUGCAGGUUUUCGGUGAAGACGCUUCUGGAGAAGUACACAGCUGAGCCCAUAGAUGACUCGGCAGAGGAGUUCAUCAACUUUGCCGCCAUCUUGGAGCACAUCCUGACUCAUCGCUUCAAGGGUAGCACGGCGGCUUUGACUGUGGCUAUGCGAACAAGAAUCACCGUGAUGACUCCUCCUGCAGGUUCCGGCAGCUGGUUCAGCUCGGACGGCCAGCGCAGCUUCUGGGAGUACAUCCGGCUGGCCUGCAGCAAAGUGCAGAACAACUGCAUCGCCAGCAUCGAGAACAUCGAGAAAAUCAGCACGUCUCGAGCCAAGGGGCGAGCCUGGAUUCGAGUGGCGCUGAUGGAGAAGAGACUCUCGGAGUAUGUUUCCACAGCGCUGAGGGACACCAGAACCACCAGGAGGUUUUAUGAUGAUGGCGCCAUCAUGCUGCGAGAAGAAGCCACGGUUCUUACCGGGAUGCUGAUCGGACUCAGCGCCAUCGACUUCAGUUUCUGCCUGAAGGGUGAAGCCUUGGACGGGAAGUCGUCAGCUGUAAUCGACUACACGCCCUACCUGAAGUUCACUCAGAGCUACGACUACCUGAGCGACGACGAGGACCGCCGCAGUGUGGACAGCAGCAACAGCGAGGAGAGCGUCCCCGAGCAUCCCUAUGUCCCCCUUGUGACCGAUGAGGAGAGCUGGAGCAACAAAUGCCGGAAAAUGGAGCAGAGGUUCAAGAUCGUCUACGCCCAGAAGGGUUACCUGGAGGAGCUGGUGCGUCUGCGGGAGUCUCAGCUGAAGAACGUGGAGACGGAGAACAAACGUCUGAGAGCCAGAGUGGAGGAGCUGACGGUGCAGGGGCAGCAGGAGAAGAAGGAGCUGGAGGCUGUGGUGCUGGAGCUGCAGGCACAACUCUCUUCGCUCAUGCCCCCUGACUCGUCUCACCUGUCCAAGGACCUGGCCAUCCCGCUGGUCAACCAGUGGACCACCGUGACCAACAACCAGCGAGACGUGAAGCUCUUCCGCAGGAGGAGCUUCCAUAGUCUGGAGCAACUUUCCGCUGAGGUCAGCUUGAACUCGGACUCUCAGAGGACGGACGAGAGGCAGAACGGAGAUGCUGCGUGGACGGCGGAAGGAAAGGACACCACCCCGUCCAUGCUGGGUCUGUGCGGCUCCCUGGCCUCCCUGCCCAGCUCCAGGUCCAUGGCUAGCCUCAAGUCCAGCGAGUGUCUGGUCAACAUCAGUGCCGAGCCCAGUCCUGCGCUCUCCCCCAGCUAGGGGCCAACGAGAUUCCACCUGGUGAUGCUGCGUCUACCUGGACCUGCUUCCCCCUCUCCCCCUUGUCCCCCGACAUCAGCCCCAGUUUCGUGUCUCCUCCUUGGUUUCAAACAUCCGUGCUUGAAGUGGCAUCACUUAGCAACUUUCAACAUCCAGUACAAAGAGGAUGUCAGUUCACAGGAAGACUCUCAAAUCACGACCCAGUCAGACUAAUUUCCACGGUGAUCCUCCCUCACAAUCUAUUAUCUAUUUUUGUUGGUUUGUGUUGCAAUA